CUCAUCGCCUCAUCACAGCCAUUCCUCGGCAGUAGUUAAAUCCAAUCGAUCGGGCUCGAGCUACCAUAGCUACAUCAAGAGAGUGAGAAUUGGAGCGUGGAGAAGAAAAGCACUCGCAAACUUCCAAGUGGGGAAGACGACGAUGGGCAUGGGGUGGAAAGCCGUGAACGACGCCAAGCCGUACCUGGCGAUGGUGCUGCUGCAGGUGGGGUUCGCCGGCAUGUACAUCAUCGCCGUCGCGUCACUCAAGCGCGGGAUGAGCCACUUCGUGCUCGUCGUCUACCGUAACCUCGUCGCCACCGCUGUCAUGGCGCCCUUCGCCCUCUACUUCGAGAGGGGAGUGAGGCCAAAGAUGACAAUCACCAUCUUCAUCAAGAUCAUGGGGCUCGCAUUACUCGAGCCUGUGCUUGACCAGAACCUCUACUACAUGGGCGCGAACCUGACCUCGGCGGGGUUCGCGACGGCGCUGGUCAACAUCCUCCCGGCCGUCACCUUCGUGUUGGCUCUCAUCCUGCGCAUGGAGAAGGUGCGGCUGCGGAGCUUGCACAGCCAGGCCAAGAUCGCCGGCACGGUCCUCACGGUGGCCGGCGCCGUGCUGAUGGUCCUGUACCACGGCCCCGUCGUGCAGUUCCCGUGGACCAAGGGCCAGCACCAUGCCGGCGGUGCGGCUACCGCCGCCGACGGGGCGGCGUGGCUGAAGGGGACCAUCAUGACCGUCGCAGCCUGCGUGGCCUGGUCGUGCUUCUUCAUCCUCCAGUCCAGCACGCUCCGGGACUACCCGGCGGAGCUGUCCCUCACGGUGCUCAUCUGCGGCGUGGGCUCGGUGAUGAGCACCGCCGUCGCCGUCGUGGCCGAGCGCGCCAACACCCAUGCGUGGGUCAUCGGCUUCGACACUCGCCUCUUCACGGUCGUGUACGGCGGCAUAGUGUGCUCCGGCGUGGCGUACUACGUGCAGGGCGUCGUGUCGAGGCAAAGGGGCCCCGUGUUCGUGACGGCCUUCAACCCGCUCUGCAUGAUCGUAACCGCCGUCAUGGGCUCCAUCAUUCUAAAGGAGGCGAUCACUCUCGGAAGUGUGAUUGGUGCAGUGAUCAUCGUGGUAGGCCUCUACUUUCUCAUCUGGGGCAAGAGCAAGGACGGCAUCAGCCAAGUUUCCGACGUCAGUGUCAAGGGCGCCGGCGAGCUGCCCUUAACCACGGCGACCAACGGCCACGGCAGCAGCAGCGGCAAGCACGUGCUUGGCAACGGCAACGGCGACGUCCAUGUCUUGGAUGUUGAGACGCCGACAACCAAUGGCCACUAGCGCGCCCACUAGUACUCCAUUUUCUUCUUGUCGGCUUUUCCCUAGCGAUAGACCGGAGUAUGAAGAUGAAUUUUGUUCUCCAUUUUCUUCUUGUCAGCUUUUCCCUAGCGACGAUCCUAUCAUGUGACUAUGUGAGACAGUGAGAGUGAGCAAGUGCUAAUUAUAUCAUCCCCUGUGCCGGGGUUACGUGGAUAUUUGGAACUUGGGUCUACGCGCAUCCCGCAUCCGCAUCUAUGUGAGACACUAAGUUUUUUUAGACAUUUCUGAUUUUUUUUCAACAAACAUGAUAUAGUGUGUUAUACUUAUGUCUAAAGUUUCGUGAACUUUUGUGCGGGAAAUUUUUUGUAACUUCAAAAAACUUCAAUUGCACCUUUUAUGUACUAUUGAUUAUGCAUUUGUUUUUGCCCAGAAUUUCUUCGCGAAACUUUAGACGUAAGUAUAAUACUAGACCAUGUUUGAAAAAGUUCAGAAAUGUUUGCUUAUUUUUUUUCAGUUGAGGUACAUGUUCACCCAGGUUC